AUGGCAGAUUGCCGGGUCGAAGUUCCAGAGGCAACGAUGAUCAAUGGGCGCAAUAACCUCUUCUUCCUGUUGCUCCGUGUCAUUCAAAAAGACAGGGAUUUCGACACGGUGACUCCAAUCGAGGAGGACGACGACGCAGGCACCGAGCCGCUGUGGAAAGUCAUCGAGAGCGCACCGAAGCCUCACAACGGCCAGGGGGCGAGGCAAGGUAUGCAGAACGACGAGGAAGACAACGGCACCUCGCCUGCCGUGCUACUAGCGCAGGCGAAGGAGGAGGGACCCCUCGCCACUCAGAAGGUGGAGAGGAGACUCUCGGACCAUCGGCGGGGUCACUUUGCUUCCUGGCACGAAUUCUGGAGCUACUACCGUGAGACAGACAAGGCACCUCCCAAGUCGGGGCCCUGCUGGCGCACGGAGCUCACCGAACUCCAGAGCAGCAGCAAGGGCAAGUUCGAAAACCUGUACAGGAUGUCCCGACCGGCGACCAGGGAAUCAGCCGGGACCACCGGAUCAGAUGAAAUGCGGUCAGUUGCCUCCAUGGAGCCACACUCACCGCUCUUGAUGAGACGACAAGCUCUUGUGGAGGAUCGCAACCCAUUGGCUGAGAGAUACUCGCCAACUCGACGAUAUUCGAGCUUUCAGGAUCAGAAGAAGUGCCAGAAGAUGCUGGAGAACAUCGAGACGCCCACCCACUGCGCUCUACUCCUGCGCUCUGGGAAGGAAUACCACUGCCCAAAGCGGCUUGGUCUCUCGCUAUCUGCGCUACCACCGGUGCCGCAGACAAUCCACAGCGCGCGGACAAAGAAACAGGAAGUCAAGCCACUUCGCUUUGGUGCGGCCACGGCGCGGGAGUCCACGAGUGUUCGCAGCCGCCUUGAGCGAAAUCAGGCGGAGCGCCUCUCCGAGCCGCUUCGGGCUGUUAAGCAGAUGGCAGGCGAGCAACCUUCUUCAAAGUGGCAUCCGGGUCUCCAUCACUGGGUGCAGCUUCGCACCUGGCGCCACGAGCGGCACGGUGGCUUCUGGGAUGACAGUCAGCGUGCUGCUUCGCCUGUCUCAUCCUUGAAGCUCAGCAUGACCGUCCAGGAGCCGCGUUCCGAGCCUGUGGAGACCUUGCACAGGCCCUGGUCAGCAGAGCGAGGCGGCCAAGCAGGCCAAAAGGCAGCACCACCUUUGCAGCGCUACGCGAAGGUGUGCAUGGAUUGCGGCUUGCAGCCGCAGCAGGCAGUCGUCGGUUUCCUGGGGCAGAAACUCCCAUUCCUCGAUCUUCGUGGCCUGGACUACUCGGAUGAGGACUUGCUGGCACUGGCUGCUGCCUUUCCCUACACAGGAAUCUUGGAAAGACUCGAUCUUGGCCAAAACUCCAAGCUUACGAACCGAUCUGUUUGCCCACUGCUGGAGUGUGUGGCUGCCAGAUUUGCUGACAUGUUGGCGGCCCUUUACCUGGACAAGUGCAUCCAGAUUGGCCGUGAGGCAAUGCAGCUCCUGACACAGCUAAUUCUUGGGCCGAUGGUGAACCUCCAGCGCCUGGAUAUCUCGGGAGUCUAUGUUAGCAUCGCGGACUAUCAGAAACUCGCUGGUGCCAUUGAGAGGCACGAGCGCCUCCAAGAAGUGUCUUUGGCAAGGACGGGCAUAAGCCCAGAUCUCUCCACCAAGAUCAUCCCAAGCCUGGUCCGAAAUACUCGGAUCCUGAAGCUGGACCUUGGGUACAAUAACUUCGAUCCGGAGGCAUUCACAGUGCUGGGAAACAGCCUUCUCAAAGGCAGCCGUUUGGAAUAUCUCGGCUUGGCGAAGACGGCGUCUGUCAUGGCGUCUGUGCCCAUGUGCGGGUUUCUGGAGCAGCUGCCAGCAGAUAGGUGCCUCAAGUUCUUGGAUCUUUCGGACAACCAGUUGGACGAAAGUUCAGCACUGAUGCUUGAGUAUGGCUUCCUGAAUCAUCCGACUAUCGAGUUGCUGGAUGUUUCCACGAAUCCACUCGGCCAGACUGGGCUCUGCGCACUUCUGCGCCUCCUCUCCAACGAGCACUGCCCCGAGCUUUGCAACCUCCUCCUCGAGGAUGUGCAGACAGCUUCGGACGGCGACGUGGCACUGGGCCUCUUCGAUGUUGAUCCGUCCGGGCAGUACUCACUGGACAUGGCCAUGGCUGGUCAGCGCACUUGUUUCCGGCUGUUGCUCACAAACUUGGCACAGCUGGGUGGCAGCCGGAGCCAAUACAUCAAGAGUGCCAUGCUCGCCAGUUCUUCCACACAAGCCCCAACGCCGUACAACGUGGAUGGCGUGCGCAAAAGGCGAGGUGUCUGGAACGUGCCGACAUCCGGCAUCCUGAGCUUUGUGUUGAGUCUGAACGACUAUUUCUUGAAGGACGAAGGCGACAACUCGGUCCUCUAUUCCGAAGUUGUAGAAAGGAUGCUGCGGAAGAGGAAGCGGACAUGGGCAUCCAAGAAAAAGACUUUCGCAGUUCUGCAAAAGGAGGGCGAGGAAGGGCAGGCAGCUGCCCCUGAGACCGAUGCGUGCUUGAAGACUGCUGAACCCGUAGGAAUCGUGACGGCUUUGCCGAUGUAUGCGAAGAACUGCAUCAAGAGUCACAAGCCAAGAAAUCGAUGCUGUGCCAUUGCAUUCUACUGGCAACGAGGCACAUGA